AUGCCGGCAGAGGCGGAUGACAUCUUCAUGUCGGCGACGACGCUCGCCAGCGCCACCGAUAGGGACGGCGAGAAUGUGUGGCAGAACGGGGAUGGACACGAGUUCCGUGUUCGCAUCGGCCCAAACUACUCAAAGAACGGCAAGAAGGCGCCCAGCCUCGGCCAGAUGUACGAUGCCGUCGGAUGCGAUGUGUUCAGGACAGAGGCGCGCGUGACCCCCGUAUCUCCUCUCUACUCCUUCCCACCGCUUGCAGAGCACGCGAAAUCCUUCUCGCACCCACACGUGCCGGCCACAUUUGUCCUCAACCUCCAGGUUCCAGACUGCCCUGCCUCCUUCUUCAGCGGCGGUGGCGAUGGCCAAACGAUGCACGUGGUCAUCUUCUAUCAGAUCAGACAGGACACUGUCGAGGCGUUCAAAGACCUCGACAACGCAGCGCCGGCAUAUCGGCUGUUUGCACGCUGGUGCGAGGAGUGCACGAAGAACGACAAGUUCCGUGGACGCUUCAAGAUGAUUGGCCAAGUCGAGAUGUGCAUCAACGUGCACUCGUUCCCCGUCCUCACGCGGAAGUCCAUCCACUCGCUCAGGGGGAAGAUGAAGCAGAUGGUGGUUCAUCUCGGCACGACGAUUGAGGGCCACGCCGAUGACGAGUUGCCUGAGCGCAUUGCGUUCUGCUGCCGGCUGAUUCGCGUCGAUGGAUUUGAGUCGCCGCUGUUGAGUGCAGAGACCAUUUCGUGGCUGCAGAAGCAGGCGAAGCACCUCAACAACAACGUCGUUGUUGAGACAGCCACAUCUGGCAAAUGA